AUGGCUUUCGCCAACCUCCUGGAGCACGUGGGGGGUAUGGGACGUUUCCAGGUGGCCUCGGUGCUCCUCUUGGCCCUGCCCGUCCUCAUGAUGGCCAGUCACAACCUUCUGCAGAACUCCCCGCCCGCCACCAACGACCAUCGCGGCCCGAAGACAGACCCCUGCCGCGAUGGUUGGACCUACGACCGCAGCGUCUUCACCAGCACCAUCAUCACCGAGUGGGACCUGGUGUGCAGCUCCAGGGGGCUGAAGCAGUUGGCUCAGUCGCUCUACAUGGCCGGUGUCUUGGUGGGUGGCAUCGUCUUCGGGGGUCUCUCGGACAGGUUCGGUCGCCGGUCUCUGCUCAUCUGGUGUUACCUUCAGAUGGGCACCAUGGGGACGUGCUCUUCCUUCUCCCCCACUUUCACCGUUUACUGCCUCUUCCGCUUCCUGACGGGCAUGGCCUUCUCCGGCGUCGUCCUCAACAGCGUCUCCCUCUCUUUGGAGUGGAUGCCCACUCGCACCCGAGCGCUCGUGGGGACCUUCAUGGGUUACUGCUACACCACCGGGCAGUUCCUGCUGGCUGGGAUCGCCUACGCCAUCCCCGAUUGGCGUUGGCUGCAGCUCACCGUGUCGUUGCCCUUCUUCUGCUUCUUCCUCUACUCAUGGUGGUUAACAGAGUCAGCUCGCUGGCUGGUCAUGGUGGGGAAGUCCCACCAAGAGCUGAAGGAGCUUCAGAAAGUGGCCAGGAUAAAUGGGAAGAAAGAAGAAGGGGACAAGCUCGACUUAGAAGCCUUGAAGUCCUACAUGCAGAAGGAGAUGGCUUCAUCGAGGAGUCGCCACACGGUGGUUGACCUGGUCCGGACUCCCGUUGUGCGCCGCAUCUCUUGUUGCCUCUGCUUCUUGUGGUUCUCCACCAGCUUCGCCUACUACGGGCUGGCCAUGGACCUGCAAAACUUUGACUUCAACAUCUACGUGAUCCAACUCAUCUUUGGGGCCGUGGACAUCCCGGCCAAGCUGGUCUCCAUCCUCACCAUCACCUUCGUGGGACGACGCUUCACCCAGUCCGUCGCCCUCAUCCUGGCUGGUGUGGCCAUCUUGGCCAACAUCUUGGUGCCACGAGACAUGCGGAUGCUUCGGACUGCCCUGGCCGUCUUCGGUAAGGGUUGCUUGGCCGCGUCCUUCAACUGCGUCUUCCUCUACACGGGUGAGCUCUACCCCACCGUUAUUCGGCAGACGGGUAUGGGGUUGGCCAACACCAUGUCCCGGUUGGGCAGUAUCAUGGCCCCCUUGGUGAAGAUGGCGGGUGAGGUCUUCCCUGUGUUGCCCUUCAUCAUCUACGGGGCGGCCCCCGUAGUGUCGGGGCUGGUGGCCACCUUCUUGCCGGAGACGCGGGACACGGCGUUGCCCGAGACUGUGGAGGAGGUGGAGGGCAGAGAGAGGGGCCAACGAACUGCUCAAGAGAGACACAAAAGCUCAACAGACUGA